GGACAAUUUUCUCACAACAACGCCGAGGACAUGCAUAAGUUAUUGGAUUCUGGUUUCACCAUUUAUGACUUCCCGUCAUUCCCACAUAGAGGCAUGCUGAUUGACACUGGUAGAAGAUAUUUAUCAGUGGAAACUAUAAUAAAGAAUCUUCAACUAAUGUUCUGGACGAAAAUGAACGUUUUGCAUUGGCACAUCUCGGAUGAUGUGAGCUUUUCGCUGGAUCUCGAAGGAUACGAAAAGUUGCAAUAUAAGAAUCCAACGCCACUCAG